UCACAAGUGCUGGGCGAUUCCAACUCGUGAUACAAACACAGACUGCGUUUUAAGUCAGAUCAAACAUUUUAAUGUCUAACGACGAUUUUACCGCUUUGAUUGUUGACAAUGGAUCCGGCAUUUCCAAAGCUGGAUUUGCAGGAGCUAAUUCGCCCUGUGUUGUAUUUCCCUCCAUCGUUGGUAGACCAAGACAUCAAAGUACCAUGGUCGGUAUGGCUCACAAAGAUUUCUACGUUGGAAACGAAGCCCAGAAUAAAAGAGGCAUCCUUUCUUUGAAAUACCCCAUUGAGCAUGGUGUUGUUACCAACUGGGAUGAUAUGGAGAAGAUCUGGGAAUAUACCUUCUACAAUGAGCUCCAUGUUUCUCCCGAAGAACAACCUAUUCUCCUCACAGAAUCUCCUCUUAAUCCUAAAGUUAACAGAGAAAAGAUGACAGAGAUCAUAUUCGAGACCUUCAAAGCUUCUGCAAUGUAUGUUGCAGUUCAAUCUGUGUUGUCUCUGUAUGCUUCUGGUCGUACCCUGGGUACUGUUAUUGACUCCGGCGAUGGAGUCACGCACACGGUUCCCGUCUAUGAAGGUUAUGGCCUUCCCCAUGCGGUGAACCGUUUGAAUUUGGCUGGUCAUGAUCUUACUGAUUACCUCGAGAAGAUAAUUACUGAGCGUGGUUACUUAUUCACCACAUCUGCCGAGAGAGAAAUUGUUCGUGAUGUCAAGGAGAAAUUAUGUUAUGUUGCAGCUGACUUCGAAGAGGAGCUGGUUACAGCUGCCACUUCCGCUUCCCAUGAAAAGAGCUACGAAUUACCUGAUGGUCAAAUUAUCACCAUUGGUAAUGAAAUGUUUAGGUGUCCAGAAUCUCUAUUUCAACCUUCCUUCUUGGGUAUGGAAUCUGAUGGUAUCCAUAGGAUCACAUACGAUUCCAUUAUGAAAUGCGAUGUUGAUAUCAGGAAAGAUUUGUUCGCCAACAUUGUCUUGUCCGGAGGUAGCACUAUGUUUCCGGGCAUUGCCGAAAGAAUGCAUAAAGAAAUCACUUCCUUUAAUCUUGGAACCUCGAAAGUCAAAAUUGAUGCUCCCCCAGCACGAAAAUAUUCCGCCUGGAUAGGCGGCUCUAUUUUAGCUUCCUUCUCUUCUUUCCAGCAAAUGUGGAUUGAAAAGGAAGAAUAUAUUGAUUCCGGACCGUCUAUUGUCCACCGCAAAUGUUUCUAGGAAGUUUUUCUUUUUAGCCCUUUUGCAACAGCAAAAUCGCAGAGUAAAAUUUGAAAAGUAUGAAUUUCAUCGAUUGCAUGCUUUGUUGCCAUAGACUCAUUAACAAAGCUCCCUCUUUGUGCUUGUGUUUGUGGAAUCAUUUUAUUUUAGAAAAAAAAACUGGUUCAUAAUUUCGGAAAGCAACUCUAAAUGUGCAAGAAUAAGUUGGUAACAUGGAACAUAUAUCCGGUACGAAGGUUGUAUGUCUCUUGAAAACUAGACUAAGUU